AAAGAGGAAAAGAAAUUGAAAGUGAAAUAUUAAAAGAAAAAAAGAUAAAUAAGUGAAAUUCUUACGAAAUCUCUAUGAUGCCAUAAAAAAUACGAAAUUUCGUACAACAAAAUUGCAGUGCCGUGCAACAACAAGUAGCACACAUAAAAUACAAGAACAAAAAACAAUUUCAUUCAUCUCUAUUGCACAGAGAGUUCACUCGGCAAUUAAUCCAAAAUAAACAACAUCUGGCCCCCAAGAACAACAACAACUACAACAAAACCAUGCAACACAUUUCCAAAUUGCUUAUACAUGAUUUUCUAAAAUGGCUGAAAAUAUUUAUUAUCCUGGCAAGCUUGGGCAGUCACAACAUUGCCGCAAAUGCAGCCAAAAUCCUGGGAAUCUUCCCGCAUGCCAGUGAAAGUCAUUUUAUGCUGAUGCGAACAUUUAUGAUGGAAUUGGCACGAAGGGAGCAUAAUGUGACCAUAUUUACCAGUCAUCGUUUGGACGAUCGCCUGGAUAAUCUAAGGGAAAUUGUUGUGGAACCAGAAUUUCCAUUUUGGAAGGAGGUUCAAAAACAAUCCGGCACCAAGGAUCUCCAGGAACUUAGUAAAGUUGGCGAUGAAAAACUCGUCAAAUAUUUAGCCCAUGCUGGCCAUUCGCUAAUGGAUUAUUUCCUGAGUAAUUAUCAAGUCAAAGAUAUCUUGGAUACACCACCGGAACAAUUCGAUUAUGAUUUGAUAAUUGUGGACUUGUUUUAUACGGAGGCUCUGUUGGCUUUAGGUUAUUACUUUCGAACACCCGUUGUGGGUAUUGUGAGUUCGGAUUUUGCAAAUUAUAUGGAACGGGUACAGGAGAUUGUGGUACCAUCAGCAUGUUUACCCUACAAUUUGGAGAAUUAUGAUACGAGCAUUGGAUUUUGGCAAAGAUUGGAUAAUAUUAAGCAAUGCCGGAGACGCCGUGACGCAUUCAUUUCGGAACAUUAUGCCAAACAGGAGCAGGUGAUCCGGAAAUAUUUGCCACAGCUGCAAGGUCAAAUACCAUCCAUUGUUGAACUUCAGUCGAAUCUAGCUUUACUUUUGGUCAACGAUUACUACCCCCUGGCCACACCGAAACCUCUGAUACCAAACAUAAUACCCGUCGGAGGAUUACAAAUACGUGCACCGCGUGAGCUGCCAUGGCAUGUCAGGCGCUUCCUCGAUGAGGCCCGUUCCGGUGUGGUAUAUGUAAAUCUAGGCGAUGAACAACUUUGCAGUGAAAUUCCCAAAGAAAGAAUGGAAGUACUGCUGCAUGUCUUUAGCAAACGUGAUGAACGUUUCCUGAUGACAUGUCAUGAUCUGAAGAAAAUCGAUGGAUUACCCAAGAAUGUUAUGCUCAAUCAUUUAGUGCCACAGACGGAUAUUUUGGCCCAUCCUCACAUUAAGCUGUUCAUUAUGAAUGGCGAUUUAAUGGCUCUGCAAGAGGCUAUAAUACGUCAUGUUCCCAUUGUGGGUAUACCAUUGUUCGACAAUGAAUUGGAAAAUGUCCAAACUGCUGAGAAGCUGCAAAUUGGUCUACGCAUUGAUUAUGCCAAUUUCACAGAGGCUUCCCUGAAUUGGGCAUUGGACGCCAUGGCCAAUAAGGAGUUUUAUGUUUUGAAUAUUCGUGACAUCUCGAAAAUAUAUCGCGAUCGGCCAUUGGGUGGUCUGGCAAGUGCCCUAUUUUGGUUGGAUUACAUCUUGCGCUACGGCAGCCAGCCCUUGAAGACCCAAGGCAUUGGCAUGCCUUUGGAUCAAAUGCAUUUAAGUGAUCUUAUGAUUUAUAAUUUCUUGUUACUACUACUCACAUUGGCAUCUCUGGUGGGCCUGUAUUUCUUGGGACUGUUCCUAUGGAGGAAACGCCAAACGGAGAAAAUGUUUUCAAAACUAAAUUAGUUUUUUAAGAUAAUUUUAAGAAUAAAGAGCUUUUAUUUUCUAAGAAAGUAAAA